UACUUUCUGCGUUUGUGCAUGCAAACCGUUUCUUGUUUUGUAUGGAGAACAAGAGAAAAAGAAAACAAUCAGGAAAGCGCAGUUCUCGUCGUAAGAAGUUUGCAAAAGUUGGUGAGAUUGAGACGUUAUUAUUGAGUAGGAAGCAACAGUGUCGUCAGUUGUGGGAUGUUUUCAGUGAACGUGUUGGGAGGCGGAUAGCACCAGUGGAGCUUGAUGAAAUGGAAUUGAAUGAAACAGACUUUCUUAAUGAUGGAGAGUUUAGUCACACAGGAAAGAGUGACGAUUUACCUCAGUAUAUUGCAAAAGCUGUUGGAGAUUGGUCUGAAAUUUCUAGAUUAUCAGACUCUAGCAGAAAGGGUUCUCCAUUUCUUUUUAUUGUUACAGCAUCUGCUGUACGAUCAGUGGAGCUUAUAAAAUCAUUGUCUAAGGUGAAAGGAAAGAUGAGAGUUGCAAAGCUAUUUGCCAGACAUUUUAAAGUGGAAGAGCAAGGCAUGUUCCUAAAGAGCCAUGUUUGCGAUAUUGGGGUUGGAACACCUAAUCGAAUCCAGAAACUUGUUGAACGAGGUUCUCUUCAACUCGAUCAACUGCAAUAUUUUAUCAUCGACUGGACAUGGCAAGAUGUGAAACAGCGAACAAUACGUUGCAUUCCCGAAGUUUGGACUGAUGUAUGUCAACUCGUACAGCACAGUAUCAUACCACGAGUGAAGAACGGGCACACAAACAUCGGCCUCUUCUGAUAAAAUGAACACUCAUUAUAAUGGAAGUUAAUUACUGCACAAUACGUAGAAUAGAAAAUAAGACAAUAUUUAUUGUUUGUGAUGAGCUGGUGAUUGCUAUCUGAAAGUGAAUCAUA